UAUAAAUUCAAGUUAUCCAUAGGAACAGAAAAAUAGUCCUCAGUCUCCAACUUUUUCAAUCUUCCCUCUAAACUAAACCAUCUUCUCUCCAUGAAUCAUUUUUUCAAGAACUCAAGAUUGGCUCGUAAUUUCUAUAAUGGUUUCAGUCAAAUUUACCCCAAAAAUACUCAAAUUCACCGUACCUUUUGUCAGUUUUCAAUAGAGGGUCUAAUUAAAUGUGCAGCAAAUCAUGUUCCUUUGACACCUUUAAGUUUUUUGGAAAGAGCAGCUAAUGUAUUUAGAGAUAGAACUUCAGUUAUUUAUGGUUCUAAAUUGAAGUACACUUGGGAAGAAACUCAUGUUAGAUGUGUAAAGCUUGCUUCUGCUUUGGUUCAGUUGGGGAUUUCUCGUGGGGAUGUGGUUGCAACACUGGCCCCUAAUGUACCAGCAAUGCAAGAGCUACAUUUUGCAGUACCAAUGGCUGGAGCAGUUCUUUGUACAUUAAAUACACGCCAUGAUUCAGCUAUGAUAUCGACAUUACUGAUGCAUUCGGAAGCAAAGGUCAUAUUUGUGGAUCAGCAGUUGCUCAAAAUUGCUCAAGGUGCACUAGACCUUAUUGCUGACAGUAAACUGAAACCACCUCUUCUUGUUGUAAUCCCUGAAUCUGACGAUCCCCUUCCUUUCGAUAACUCUAGCACUCACGAAUAUGAGAGUCUCCUCAAAAGUGGGGAAAACCAUUUUGCUAUAAGGUGGCCGAUAACUGAAUUUGACCCUAUUAGUGUUAACUAUACUUCUGGAACAACGUCACGACCCAAAGGAGUUGUUUACAGUCAUAGAGGUGCAUAUCUCAAUACUAUCGCCACAUUUUUGCUUCAUGAGAUGAGUUCAUUCCCUACUUAUCUCUGGACCGUUCCAACGUUUCACUGCAAUGGUUGGUGUCUUGUUUGGGGAUUGGCAGCAUUAGGUGGCACAAAUGUUUGUCUUAGAAAUGUCUCUCCAAAAGACAUAUUUGAAAAUAUUUCAUUGCACAAAGUCACACAUAUGGGUGGGGCACCAACUGUCUUGAACAAGAUUGUGAAUUCGCCACCGUGUGAUCGACAGCCACUUCCUCACAAGGUUAAAAUAAUGACAGGUGGUUCACCACCACCUCCACAAAUUAUUUCCAAAAUGGAGGAGCUCGGAUUCGGAGUACAUCACUUAUAUGGACUAACAGAGACAUACGGUCCAGGUACGUAUUGUAUGUGGAAGCCCGAGUGGGAUUCUUUGCCUCCGGAUGAAAAAUUUGUACUAAAAGCAAGACAAGGAGUACAUCAUCUUUGUUUAGAGGAAGUUGAUGUAAGAGAUUCCAUGACCAUGGAAAAGGUACCAGCUGAUGGUAAGACAAUAGGAGAAAUUAUGUUUAGAGGGAAUACUGUAAUGAGUGGAUAUCUAAAAGAUACGAAAGCAACAGAGGAAGCUUUUAGAGGCGGAUGGUUUCACAGUGGUGAUCUUGGUGUAAAACAUCGCGAUGGGUAUAUAGAAGUUAAGGACCGGUUGAAAGACAUUAUAAUUUCUGGUGGAGAAAACAUAAGUACGGUUGAGGUGGAACGUGUUUUGUACAGUCAUCCAGCAGUUCUUGAAGCAGCAGUAGUAGCACGGCCAGAUAAUCAUUGGGGGCAGACACCUUGCGCAUUUGUGAAGUUGAAGGAGGGAUUUAGCGUUGGUGAUCAAGAAAUUAUCAACUUUUGUCGGGAUAAUUUGCCUCAUUAUAUGGCACCUCGGACAGUCAUAUUUGAAGAUAUUCCAAAAACGUCGACUGGCAAGAUACAGAAAUUUAUCCUAAGGGAGAAAGCAAAAGCCUUAGGAAGUCUUUUCUGAAUGAAAUGAAGCAGCAGCACUUGGUUUUCCUCUUUGAAGGUCAUUUGCUGAAAGUCUGUGUAUCAUUGUUUUGUGCCAUUAGGUUCAAUAUAACUGUUCAUUGCAUCUCUAACUUUAUCUAUGGUUUUGUCCUGCAAACUUUGGGACAUGCAACUGUCUCAAGGCAUAAAACAUGCACAUAACAUUCUUGGAACUAUUGGAGAAACAUAAAUUGGGAGGUUGUCCCGCCAAUGAACGGUUGGUUUUGUUUAAGAUA